AUGGUGUGAGCGCUGAUGCCAUGGAUGACACUAAAAUUAGCGAACAGAAGAAAAAUGCUCAGGGUCUAAAAGGAGGAAAAGUAGAAGAGUUGCAGGUUGUAAAGGACCUAGAGGAUGAAAUAAGAAAAUUAAAUCACAAAUUGUCUUCUGCCAGAGAAGAAAACAAACUUCUUAUGAAAGAGCAAGAAUUGGCAAAGGUAGAAAAAAUCCAAAUAACACAAGAAUAUGAAAAUCUUAAAUCUGACUUUACUAUGCUUCAAAGUUCUGUUGCAGAGCAAGAUGCUCUCCUGAAAGAACAGGAGAAGAAGCUCCAAUCAAAGACAUCGCUACCAGAAGAUGUUGUCAGACUACAGCAAGCACUGUUAGAAGCAGAAGAUGAAAUAGCAAGACUUUCAAGUUUAAAUCAGGAGGGACUUGAGAAAGAACUGACAAGUGCACAACGUAAAAAUGAGCAUAUUCUUUCUGCGUACGCUGAGGAUCAGAAUUCAGAAUUAAGUCAGUUAAGACAAGAUUUGGAGAGGAAAGAACAUGAAUUAAAUGAAAGUAUUGCUGAAAGAGAAACAUUAAUAGCAGAGUUGGAAGAACUAGACAAGCAGAAUCAAGAAGCUACUCAGCAUAUGAUUACACUGAAAGAGCAGCUGUCAAAACAACACACAGAAACUGAUAGUAUCAUCAAGCAGCUGAAAUUUGACAUAGAUUUUGAAAGAAAGAAAGUAUCAGAAUUAGAAAUUGAGAAGGUGGAAACUAUUAAGGAGUUAGACAGUCAGAAAGAAAAACUAAGCCAAUGUUCAUAUGCACUGAAUGAUUUGCAUGUAAGUAAGCAGCAGCUUCAGGAUCAUAUUAAAGAUCUUCAGGAACAAUUAAGGAAAGCCCAGGACUGUAAUUUCCGUAAUAAAAAAGAAAUCGGAGAAUUGCAGCAGAGACUAAAAGAAAGAGAGGAGGAACUUUCUGUAUCCUUGAGCAAGUUAACAGAAAAAAGUAAUCAGGAAUCUAACUACACUUGUCAAGAUCAGAUUCUGAAGGAAAGAGAAGUAGAAAUUGCAAAACUACAGAAUGACAUUGCAGAAGGUAAACAUCUAAAUGAAGAUUUGGAGAAAUCUUUGUCUGACCUCAGAACAGAAAAUGGAAAGCUGAUAGCAGCCACUGAAGAACUAAAACAGGAGUUAAGUGAUGCCAUUUCUGAGAAAAAUAAAGUUUACUUGGAAAAAGACACGGUUGUGGAGGCUUUGAAAAUGGAAAAAAGACAGUUAGAGAAUGAAUUAAACCAGACAGAAAAGAGGCUUUUGGAACAAGCACAUAAGUAUAAGCAAACUAUUGAGGAAUUAUCAAAAGCUCGUAGCAUGGAUACCACUGCAUUGCAGCUUGAACAUGAGCGCCUGGUUAAACUCAACCAAGAAAAAGACUUUAAGAUUGCUGAGCUUAAAAGGAGCAUUGAGCAGAUGGAAACUGACCAUCAAGAAACAAAAGAGAUGUUGACUACUAGUUUAGGAGGACAAAAGCAGUUGACAGAACUCAUAAAAGAAAAAGAGGUAUUUAUUGAAAAAUUAAAAAAUCAAGCCUUACAGGUGAAGCAGGAACUUGAGGAAUAUAUGAAAGUUUCAGAAAAGCAGGAUGUCUUAAAACAGAACUUGGAGGAAAAAGACAGAAGUCUUGCAGUCAUGAAAGAAGAAAAUAAUCAUUUGAAAGAAGAAAUUGAACGCCUUAAGGAUCAGCAAAGUAGGUCUACACCUGUGGUUGAGCCUAAAACUCUAGAUAUUAUCAUUGAACUUGAAAGUGAGGUAACACAGUUAAAAGUAAUAAAGAAUAAUCUUGAAGAAGAAAUAGAAGUUCACAAAAAAACAAUAGAAGAUCAGACUCAAACAACAGUGCAACUUCGGCAGUCUUUGCAGGAGCAAAGAAAGGAAAUAGAUGAGUCUAAAUUUCAGUGUGAGCAAAUGAACGUCACACAUGAAAGACUUUCUUUAGAGAAAGAUGAGGAAAUUAAAAAUUUGCAGAAAACAAUUGAACAAAUUAAAACUCAAUUGCACAAAGAGAGACAGAUUAUUCAGACUGAUUCCUCUGAUCUUUUUCAGGAAACCAAAGUUCAGUCUCUUAAUGGAGAAAAUGGAAAUGAAAAACAUGACUUAUCUAAAGCUGAGAUUCAAAGACUGGUAAAAGGUAUCAAAGAAAGGGAGAUGGAGAUUAAGCUUCUAAAUGAAAAGAAUGUUUCUCUAAGUCAGCAAAUUGAUCAGUUGUCUAAGGAUGAAGUUGGCAAACUUACUCGGAUCAUUCAAGAGAAGGAUUUAGAAAUACAAGCUCUCAAUGCUAGAGUUUCCUCAGCUUCCUAUAGGCAGGAUGUUCUUUGUCUUCAGCAGCAGCUGCAAGCUUAUGUUAUGGAAAGAGAACAAGUACUAGCAGUUUUAAGUGAAAAGACAAGAGAAAACAGUCAGUUAAAAUCAGAGUAUCGUAAUAUCAUGGAUAUGGUCGCUGCUAAAGAAGCAGCUUUGGUAAGGUUGCAAGAGGAGAAUCAAAAGUUAUCUAAUAGAUCUGAAAACAGCAGUCAAGACAUGUCUAGAGAAACUAUUCAGAAUUUAUCCCGUAUCAUUCGAGAAAAAGAUAUUGAAAUAGAUGCUCUAAGUCAAAAAUGCCAAACCUUACUGACUGUCUUGCAGACAUCUAGUACAGGUACCGAUAACGGGUCAGGAAGUGUUAACAGUAACCAGUUUGAGGAACUUCUGCAAGAACGUGAUAAACUAAAACAGCAAGUAAAGAAGAUGGAAGAGUGGAAGCAGCAAGUAAUAACCACGGUUCAGAAUAUGCAGCAUGAGUCAGCUCACCUCCAAGAAGAGUUACAUAAGCUUCAAGCACAAAUUUCAGUUGAAAGCGAUAGUAAUUCAAAGUUGCAGGUAGAUUAUAAUGGCUUGAUUCAGAGUUAUGAACAGAAUGAGAAAAAGCUGAAAAGUUUCAGUCAGGAAUUAGCACAAAUUCAAAACAGCAUAGGACAGCUUCAUAACACCAAGGAUCUUCUCCUGAGUAAACUUGAUUUGGUAACACCAUCUGUGGCAAUGGCUUCCACUGUUUCAGAGCAUUCAGGCACUCCUGAAUUACUAAGUGAUGAGUCUAAACUCCUUCAGAAGGAGUUGGAACAACUGAAAAAAAAGUUGCAAGAAAAAGAUUCAACUAUUAGGACUCUUCAGGAAAACAAUCAACGAUUAUCUGAUUCUGUGGCUACAGCAUCAGAGAUUGAAAGAAAGAGUCAAGAAGGGACUGAGUCAGAGAUGCGGCAGAUCAAAGAAAAACAUGAUGUCUUGCAGAAAUCACUUAGGGAAAAAGACAUAUUAAUUAAAUCUAAAAGUGAUCAGUUACUUUCUGUGAGUGAAAAUCUUAGUAACAAAGAAAAUGAAAAUGAGCUUUUGAAGCAAGCUGUGACUAAUCUUAAAGAAAGAAAUUUAAUUUUAGAAAUGGAUAUUCGAAAACUGAAAGAAGAAAAUGAAACAAUAGUAAAAAAUAGGGAAAAAGAAACAGAAUUCCGAGCGCUUCAGGAGACUAAUAUGCAAUUUUCAAUGAUGCUGAAAGAGAAAGAGUUUGAGUCUAACUCAAUGAACGAAAAAGCUCUUGCUUUUGAGAAGCUGUUGAAAGAAAAAGAACAGGGCAAGACAGGAGAAUUGAAUCAACUGUUAAAUGAAGUUAAAUCAAUGCAGGAAAAGGCUGUUACUUUUCAGCAAGAGAGAGACCAAGUCAUGGUAGCACUAAAACAGAAGCAAAUGGAGAGCAGUGCCCUGCAGAGUGAGAUACAGCAUUUGCGUGAGAAAGAGCAGCGCCUAAAUCAGGAACUGGAGAGGUUACGUAAUCACCUUUUGGAAAUGGAAGACUCCUAUACGCGGGAAGCUUUAGCUGCAGAAGACAGAGAGGUGAAGCUAAGAAAGAAAGUUUUGAUUUUGGAAGAAAAACUUGUGUCCUCAUCCACUGCAGUGGAGAAUGCCAGUCAUCAAGCUAGUCUGCAGGUUGAAUCUUUGCAAGAGCAGUUAAACCUGGUUUCCAAGCAGAGAGAUGAAACUGUGCUACAGCUCACCAUCGCACAGGACCAAGUGAAGCAGUAUGCAUUGUCACUGGCCAACCUGCAGAUGGUACUAGAGCAGUUCCAACAGGAAGAAAAAGCUAUGUAUUCAGCAGAGCUGGAGAAACACCAAAAACAGUCUGCAGAAUGGAGGAAAAAAGCAGAGAACUUAGAAGAAAAAGUUGUAUCACUGCAGGAAAGUUUAGGAGAGGCAAAUGCUGCACUGGAUGCAGCAUCAAGGCUUACUGAGCAGCUUGACAUCAAAGAGGAGCAGAUUGAAGAGCUUAAGAAAGAAGGUGAGAUCAGAAGAGAAAUGUUAGAAGAUGUGCAAAAUAAACUAAUGAAUCUUAUGAACAGCACAGAAGGAAAAGUGGACAAGCUCCUAAUGAGAAAUCUGUUUGUUGGACACUUUCAUACUCCAAAAAAUAAACGUCCUGAAGUGUUAAGGUUAAUGGGAAGUAUCUUGGGAAUAAAAAAGGAAGAACUUGAUCAGUUAUUAUCUGAAGAGCAAAGAGGAGUUACGAGAUGGGUGACUGGCUGGCUUGGUGGAGGAACUGGGUCAAAGAGUGUCCCUAGUACACCUUUGAGGCCAACUCAUCAGAACGUUUUUAAUAGUUCUUUUUCAGAAUUGUUUGUGAAAUUCCUCGAAACAGAAUCUUGCCCAAGCCUUCCUCCACCCAAGCUCUCUGUUCAAGAUAUGAAACCUUUAGGAGCAGCAGGAACUGGUAAAACUAGCAGUACUCCAUCCAACAGUCAAACGCAAGAUUCUGCAGUCUUGGGAAUGAGCAGAAGACCAGAUACAAAUCCAUUUUUAGCACCUCGAUCUGCAGCAGUGCCUCUCAUAACACCUGCUAGUAGUUCUGGGCAUCUGCUUAUGAAACCUAUUUCUGAUGUGUUGCCUACUUUUACACCACUGCCAGUGUCCGCUGAUGCCAGUGCUGGUGCUGUACUAAAAGACCUCCUAAAACAAUAG